CGAACAAAUGCAUCUGUAUGAUACUUAACUAUCUAAAACAUUGCAAUAAAGGUGACAAUGAUGUGCAUUUGUAUAUGAAACAGUGGAAGGUACGAAAUAAGCUAAUGAUACAAAAAUCAGGACCACUAAAGAGAGAUAUUGAAACAGUUUAUGACCUUAUACCACUUAUAACGUGUGACAACGUAACAAAAGUACGGUCGGGGAUGUGUGAUUUAACGCCAAAUUGAAUCGAAUACAAUUGAGAUUUUUUUGUGACGCCCUCCUCAAUCCAUUACCACUUGGACAAUGGGCAGCCAGGAUUCUAAUAUCGACGGGGACGAGAGGGAUUCAGGAUUCUACGAUGUGGACUGUCUGCUUCCAAACGGCUUCAUGGUUGGACUCCGGUGCAGCAGGACAGAUUCUAUAGGGCAAGUGAAAAAGGAAGCGCUAAAGCAGGCCUUAGAACUUCCGCAUGCGGGCGCCUUGCGCAAUCACGAACACUAUGUCGUCAUCGGGGUCACCAAAGACGCUGAAGAGAAAGAGUUAGAACCAACAUUGACCUUGGACGAAUCGAACCUCGUAGCUAAGAUCGUCGAAAUCUCCGAGCCCAAACAACAGAUAGUUCGGUUGCUGCAGGAGAUAGAGCAAGCCAUAGGGAUGCCCAUAUCACUGUUGGACAAGAUGUCGGGUGAAGCCAUUGAGCUGAGAGAUGUACGAAUACAGCUGAAGCAGGUUGGAGAAAGGAUAGGGAAGGACAUGGAGAACUGGGAUGGUGAUCGACUAUUGGAAUUCUUUCAUCCGCCGAAACUCGAUUUAAAUUCUGAGCUACCUAUUAGUACAACCAAAAUUGUUCUGAAAGAGGGCCGCAGUAACAUCACAGUCAAGGUUGUUUGGAGACAUGAACAGAGGAUUGACAGAGUUGAAUUUGAGGUUCCGGUGACGAGUUCCCCAAAGUAUGUCGUCCGAAAGGCGGAGGCCAUCCUAAACACAGCGCCUGCUGUAAGCCUCAGCGGCACCCUAAGGAAACAGCAAUCACUGGAUUCCAGUAUGGACUUGCAGAGUAACUUUGUUCUCAAGAGAUUCGAGAAUGAUGAGUUCUUCCUUCAGGACUGUGGAAUACUGGCAUAUGAGUACAUACGUGAUUGCUUGACCAAAGACAUCGAGCCACACUUGGAGAUUGUUGACAAAAAUGGCGUCAUAGAAGACCUGCCAAAUAAUGCAUGUGCUAUUCUCAAACCAGGAAUGCCAGUUUUAAGAAUGCUGAGCGAAAGUGACGUAGCGGGAAUAUUUUCCUGGCAUAUAUCCCAAGACAAGAUGUACAGAGUUGUCUUUAGGAACAUUCCAGUAGAAACAAUGAAUCAAGCUGAUUAUGAUAUGGAGGUGCAACUGUUCCACGGCAAACAGCCUCUCAGCAAAGCUAUCAAGGUGACGGAGUAUAACGUGAAAGUGUCCUUCGACGUUCCGAUAGACUGUUUGCCGAGAUAUGCGAGACUUUGCGUCACAGUAAUACGUCGAGAACCAAACAACGAGAAUAAGAUGGGCGUCCGGUGGUUCAAUAUGCAAGUGUUUGAUCAUAAUGGUGUGCUUAGAACAGGCAAGGUACAUACAGGAGCGUUUGAAUUUCCAAGAAAUGUUGUCAAGGAGAACAAUCCAUUCGGAACGCCAUUAUUUACAGAUGCAAAUAUCCGAAACGAGAAACUAGUUUUUGAAAUUUGUGAACCUGACAACGAUCUUGUGAGGUUUCCGUCCGAGGAUGAAAUUAAUGAAUAUAUCAGCACGGAAAGACAUUUCAAGCAAGAAACGGACAACGGCAUUUUAGAGAGUUGUUACUUUCAAUUGCUAGACCGAAUCCAUGCAAAGGAAAUUCUUACUGAUCUUACCAGCAAAGAAAAAGAGAACCUCUGGAAAAUCAGACACCUUGCACUGGAAUAUCAACCUCAGCUUCUACCGCGACUGAUUCAGUGCGUUACCUGGACAAACCGUCACCAAGUAUUUGAGCUGUACCAGUUAAUAGAACAUCACCAGGUACAGAGCUUAGAAGUAGCACUACAACUUAUCGGGCCGGAAUAUCCAGAUGCUAGGAUUCGGUCGCUUGCGUUGUGUUAUUUCGAUCGUGAACUGACAAUAGAAUUGCUGGAAUUGUUUCUUUUACAAUUUGUGCAGGCACUUCUGUUCGAGAGCUAUCAGUUCAAUGACCUUGCAGUCUUCCUGUUGAAACACUCGUUGGAACACAAGACCAUUGGCCACAAAUUAUUCUGGAUGUUAAGAUCGGAAAUGAACAGUCCUGUCAGUCGACAGCGGUUCGCUCCCUUGCUCGAGAGCUACUGCUUUUACUGUGGGUCAGCUCUCCUUUCCCAAAGAAUACAGGAAGUCGCAACGAUGGAGUCCUUGCACAAGGUUGCCAAAUUGGCCAGACAAGAUGUAGAGAUAGAAACAUUGGAGGAAGCGCUCAAAGGCAUACCACAAAACAGGUCAUCACUGCUGCGACACAGACAAAAACUUCAAAAGAUAUGUCUAGAAAGAUGCAAGGUGAUGACGUCAAAGAUGCGACCUAUCUGGCUUUCCUGGUGGAACAAAUCAACGCUUACAGACGAUCCAUUGGAGAAACAGCAUAUAGAUUUCAUUGUGAAGAUCGGCGAUGAUAUGCGACAAGACAUGCUAUGUUUGCAGUUACUUAAAGUCAUGGAUAUGCUGUGGAAAUACACACUGAACGACUAUCACAUGACGGUAUACGGGUGUAUGUCACUUGGGGAGGAUUUCGGGCUGAUCGAAGCGGUUCUCAACUGUACUACUGUCAAUGAAAUACACAUGUCCACGGACGGGCGUGUUCUGACCCCAAUGUCAAUACAUCAGUGGAUUUACGAGCAAACCGGGGGUGGCGAGAAUUACAUCAAAGCAAUACGGCGAUUCAAGAUGUCUUGUGCAGCGUGUGUUGUGGCUGUGAACAUUCUGGGCAUCGGGGACCGACAUCCUAGUAACAUCAUGGUGAAGAAGACAGGAGAGAUGUUUCACAUUGAUUUCGGUCACUUCAUGGGCCACGUGAAAACCAAGGCCGGCAUACGAAGGGAGAGAACACCGUUUGUGCUGACUAAAGAUUUCAUGAACGCUGUAACAGGGGGCGAUGCUGGUCACAAGGAGAAAGUUACAGAAUUCAUGCUUAUGUGCUUCGAAUUGUUCAUGACCAUUCGUCGAAACGGUACGUUAUUUCUGACUCUCCUGAAUUUAAUGUCGCAUUGUAACCUACCGGAACUGAACUGCCAGGAGGAUAUUACCUACUGUCGAGCAAGACUCGGCAUGGAUAAACCAGAUCACGAGGUCGCGAAACAGUUCUUUCUGGACCUCUACAGCUCGUACAAGAAACAAUGGACCGUCAACCUGAACUUCUUUUUCCACAGGAUAAACAAAGCUGUGAACAUGAAGUCUCCUAGUUAGAAAUGUUAAGGUCGACCCAAUGUCAACAUCAGCGUCACACAUUCUGCGAACACUGCAUAGGUCGAUUAUACAUGAUUGCAAUACAGUUUGUUUGAACACCAACGUUGUGACCGGUCGUCGUCGACUUAAGAUUUGCCAUUAACAAUGAUUAAGAAAGCAUGAAUAAUUGUUAUCCAAACGAUAAAUGUGUUACAGACAUUCGUAUAAAACGUUGAUAUUAAAGAUAUCCACAAAUUAUAUUUUAGAUAGUUUGCAUGUAAAAUGAUUCGAAUGGAUACCAUAUCAUCUUAGAUCAACAUUGACCAAUCGAUUAACAUCUUGGCUAAUUUUGACAAAACCAAUGAAUUCCCAGUUUUAUUCAGUUGUUUCGAGCAGCAAUGGAAUUGUAUAAAUGCAUUUGACAGAAGAAAUGCAAGUUUAACAGUAUUAAACAUGUAUCGCGAGAAGGACUCAAAGACUAAAUGAUGUGUGUAUUUGUGUAUAAUGAAUAUGAACACAUUCAACCUGGCCAGUUUUGUUCUCCACAGAAAACUCGUACCUUUAAAACGUUACGGUUUUUUUGUUUACUCAACCCGACUGAAGACGGAAGAAACAUGAAGCAAGCAAAACAAAACAUCUGUGUAUGACUAACAACCAUUCUAAUGAACACAACCUAGUAUAAAUCAUAUAGCACGGGGAGUAUAUACAGUAUUUGGUGAUGUUUAAACAUUUUCGACAUUGAGGCAUUAUUCUGUUACCAAUAUCUGAUGUUGAAUUUCAUUAUGCACCAGUCAAUUGUAAACUCGACCCACCUGCCUCCCCCCCCCCGCUGGUCCGGGGGUAUACCAGGCACAUAGCCGGGGAAAUGGGCCGUGUUUAAACCUUCCAUGUAGCCCCGCAGUGCCGGGUAAAUGUGGUGGAAUUGUUUCGCACCAAACAUCGCGUAAAUGGGCCUUACCUAGGGUCCAUAGGGUGCGGGGGCAUUUGGCGGGGAUUUUACCUAGACUUCAAUGGCUGGACCGAAAGUCAAAGUCCCCGCUAUUCUCCUGACCUUUGGGGUGGUGGUUACAAUUGACUGGUGCAUAAACAUGUGAUUCAUGUUCCGUUCUUAUGUUUCCAUGUUUUUAAGUUUGCUUAUACGCUAAAAGCGGGGAAACCAAUCGCAAAACUUUAACCGCAAAAAAAAUGAAAAGCAUUAUAAACAUUUGUUUUCAUAAAUUGUAUUCAACAUUGUUUCAUAAAUUGUAACAUUAACUCAUUCAUUUGUAUUUAACUCAUUUUAUCAAACAAUGAUAAAUCAAGUUUAUAGUUUGGCAAAAAUGUUGAACAAUCGUUACAAUAUCUCGAAUACUAUAGUCGAACCCCGUUGGCUCGAACUCAGAGGGACCGGCGAAUUUCAUCGAGCCAAGCGGGAAAUUCGAGCCAAGCGGGAAUGCCCACCUUUAGUAUAAAGAGUUCGGUCGUUUACAUCCAGUUCGAGCCAACGAAGAUUUCGAGGUCGGGCCAACGGAAUUCGGCUGUAGUACAAUUUAAAAAGAGUAAGUUGUGUACAACGCACUAUAAAUUGUAGAUGCAAUACAUUUUGACUUUGUUCUUUUACUGUUUUAUACUGUUCUAUGUGUGUUCUGUCCGC